AUGAAAAUAUUUAAAAUUCAAAGAGAAGAAAUAUUAGAAUUUCAUAUUAACAACUUAUUUAAUAAUAACAAUUUAUCAAAUGAAACUAUUUAUGAAUUUGUUAAUAAAUUAGGAAUGAUGACAAAUGGAUAUGUUUCAGAAGAUAUUUAUAAUUUAUGUAGAUUAACUUUAAUGCAUUCAUUAAAUAAUCAGACCAAUAAUGAUGGUGAGAAUGAGGAUGUAAAUAAUAUUAUCAAUAAUAUGUCAAAAAUUAACAUUAAUGCUGGUGGUAAUAAUAAAAAUUUCAAGAUUGAUUGGGAAGAUUUUAAUUAUGGAUUAUCAAUGAUGAAGCCUUUGGGAAAAUUUGGUACUGAUAAAAUUCCAAUUAAUCUAAAUUUGAAUGAUGAUAUUGGAGGAUAUGAAGCUAUCAAGAAAAAAUUGAUUAAAAUAAUUGAAUUUUCUUUGAUAAAUAAUGGCAAAAAUGAUGGUAACUACAAUUUAUUAGGUGUGAGGCCAUUAACUGGCUUAUUACUUUAUGGUCCAUCAGGAUGCGGAAAAACUAUUUUAAUUCAAACAAUUGCAAAAGAAUUAAAUAUUAAUCUUAUUUAUAUAAAAAGUCCAGAAAUCUAUUCAAAAUAUUUAGGUGAAACUGAAAAAUUUUUAAGAAAUUUAUUUAAAAAAUCAAAACAAAUUUCUUGCAUAAUAUUUUUUGAUGAAAUCGAUUCAAUUGGAACUAAAAGAGAUUGGGAAUCAAAUGAAAGUUCAGUUGGAAUAAAUGAGAGAGUAUUAUCAACUUUAUUAAAUGAAAUUGAUGGCAUACAAGAAUUAAAAAAUGUUUUGAUAAUUGGUUGUACAAAUAACCCAGAACAAUUAGAUGAUGCUUUAAUUAGACCAGAUGAUAGAUUGAAUAUAUUGAAAGUUUUGUCUAGAAAAUUUUCAUUAGGUGAAGAUGUUGAUCUAAAAAAAUUGGCUGAAUUAACUGAAAGAUUUAGUGGUGCAGAUUUGGAAAAAUUAUUUAGGUAG